UUCUAAUUUCUAAGAAGGCCUACGUCGUUUGAAAAUAGUGCAGGUAGUCGAUGACAACGAAAUUUCUAUGGAAAUCGAAAUUUUCUUUGUCUCAGCAGGUAGAAAAGGUUUCGCCUGACGUCGAACAUUCGUGGAAACAAGAAAAGAUAUUUUCAUGAAGCUAGGCCCAAGUUUCGAUCACCAAUAUUUAUUAGUUGUUCUUUUACCCUGGCGUUGAGCAGAAUGUAUCGUCGGUUCCUGAAGUUUCUUCUACAUUUGGCUCUGUUGCAAUGCAUAAGCGGCCGCAUACCGUUGAUGCCAAAAUUCUACGGACAAGACAGUGCAAUAAUUGUCGACACUGAUAAGUCCCGAUUGAGUCCAAAGUUACAAAAUGCGCUAUAUUAUAAUAUUCCCGUCUACAAGCUAAUCAAUCCGAGAACUACUCCAACACCGAUUGCGUCCAUGAACACAAGAGCUCCUAAAGUUGUUGACGAGUAUCCCAGUGAUUUGCUGGACAUUGUUCGCACUAAGCUGGGCUUAAAGCGAUUAGACCAGCUGCCCAGCAUAAGAGAACUCGGCAAUCUGUUGGGCACCAGCAACGGCGAAGAAACAAUCAAAUAUGUACGCUCUCUGACUUCCACGGAUCAAGGCAUAUCUCUGAUGAAGGCCUACUUGGAAUCGAUGGAUUAUGAGUCAGCCGACUCCAACUCUGAUAGCGAGGAGAUGCAAGAGGAAAAAAAUGAUAACGAGAACAACGCCGAAUUAAAUGUAGACUACGAUGCGACGCCAGCCAAGCUUGACAUACCAAUAACAACGAAGAUACCAAAGGCACAAUGGGAAGGAAGUGCCUCAAUGCAGAGCUUCAUAAAUCAAUAUAGAUUGGAUAGCAGCACAACAUCCAGGUGGUUGCCAUAUAAGCAAGUCCUGGUCGCACCCGUUCAAGCCAACCAACAUCAGAAUUUAGCACCAGCUAUGCAACCCGUACUUGUUCGGCAUCCAUUGCCCUAUCAUUAUCCUAUUCCAUUACGACCAGUAUUGUUACCUGCACCCGUGAAAUCCACGCAAAAGCAACGCAAGUCACCCGCAUCCCACAAGCCUUCUCAGACGCCGGAAAGCGCGCUAGCGGCACCCACGCAUUUAAAUACGCCCAUACUCGCAAUGACGCCUGCUUCUCCAGCUGGUAAUAUUUUGGAUAUGCCAUCCAAGAUUACACAAGCACCCACCACAACAACAACUCUUCAUACUGGGAGUAAUCUAAAGCCACCACACCUCAACACACCUAAAGAGACCACAUUUGCUCCCGUAGCGCCGCAUGUCCAGCAAUUAGCGCAGAUGGCCAACAUUUCCCCACACAUACUUGAUAAUUUUUUGCAGCACCAACCAAAGUUGGCCGAGUUAGCGAAACGGAUUAGUCGAUUACCGCUGGUUCAACAACACAGCAAAGCUAUUGAUUCGCAGUUGUUUAUAGCUGUCAAAAGAGCCCUGUCGCAGAAUAACAACUUGAAUGAUUUACUUAUAGCAUCGCAGCCAUAAAUAGAUUAAGUGUGGAUUUCGAAACUACAGUUUUUAAUAAAUAUAAAUCUAAAUCGUAAAUACUUCCAAUUGCUUUGUUUCAAUUGUCACCUUACAAGCACAUGUAAAAACAUGCAUAUAGACAUAACCUCUAUGUAGGGGAGGGAAAAAUGUGGCGACACCUCAAAACGCAAAGUCCAUGCGAUUAAUUGGCCAAUGUAUUAUUAAAUGUCGUUAGUUUUUCUACCACUGCUUUGCAUAACUGUCGCCUAUAUAUCAAUCAGCGACAAUCUAAUGUUAUAAGCAAGGGAAUCCUUUAAACUGAGGAUAAUGUGUGUUUAACAAUUUAAUGAAAAUGCUGCACCAGAUAUUGGCGCAACACUUUGGUAAGAUUGUUAAAUUACUAUUUGUCCAUUAAAAAUAGCACUCGAGAGCUGUAGUUACUAAGUUAACGAGCGUGCAUUGGACAUUAAUGAUUUCGGAAUUUAGGUUAUUUUAACAAAUAUCAUUAAGCAGAUAAACGUAACUAGA